AUGAGCCUUCCAAACACAUUUUCCGCUGGGCCUGAGAUUGCCCGCAGGUCUAGGAAACGAUAUUCAGCUCGAGCGUUCUAUCUUGUGAUAUUGGCCGUCCUUGUCCUGGCGCUUGGGAGCCGUUUGCUUCCCCACGUCCAAAGGCGACUCCCUAUCAGGAUCAGUCGAAGGUCCUUUGUGUCGAGCACACUGGACUUGACUGUACAAGAGCAUAUAAAGGAGUGCAGGUUGGUCCACCUGGCUAGGGACCAGUGUGCCUUUGUUCGAGAUAACUGCCAGGACGAGAACAUCGGCCUCAUUUCGUACCUGGAGAUUUAUUAUUGCUCGCUCGGUGGUGCGAAGCCGCUUGGUUUCGCCGUGCUAGCAGCAUGGCUCGGGAUGCUGUUUAGCACUGUUGGCAUCGCCGCCAGCGACUUCCUAUGCGUCAACCUGAGUACGAUCGCCAAUAUCCUUGGGAUGAGCGAGAGCUUGACCGGUGUGACUUUUCUCGCCUUUGGAAACGGGAGUCCGGACGUGUUCUCUACCUUUGCUGCCAUGAACUCUAACAGUGGGAGCCUGGCUAUAGGCGAGCUCAUUGGUGCCGCUGGGUUUAUAACUGCCGUGGUUGCGGGAUCUAUGGCACUCACCAGGCCCUUUAGAGUCGCUAGGCGAAGCUUUGUCCGUGAUAUUGUCUUUUUUACACUCGCUACCGGUUUUAGCAUGGGAUUUGUUGCGGACGGAAAACUCCAAGCCUGGGAAUGCGCUGCAAUGAUCGGGUUUUAUAUUUUCUAUGUCGUCGUCGUCGUCACCUGGCACUGGUACAUGGGCCGACAGAGACAAAAACUGGAGCGUGACCUUGCAGCUCGCGCUCAUUUUCAUAUCCCCCAAAACCAAGAACUGGAGAUUAACGAGGUACCAGAGGAUGAUGAUCCUAUCGCUGGCGGUGAACACCGUCCUCUCCUAGGCGCAACUAAUGACGACUUUGGAACUCUGGAAAGAGCAGGCAUCCCUACUCUGAGAGUUGAGGAUGAAGACGACGAAGAAUCGCGGGAUAGGCAGCAGCUAGCAGAGCUCCAUGAGAAUAUGCGAGUGAAUCGACCGCCGACAAGCCAGAGAAUGAUUACUGGUGGGGGUAUCCGGCCAAGUUUGGUUGGUGCUCUGGAGUUCAGAUCAGUUCUCUCAUCUUUGCAGAAAUCAAGAAGCCUUCAAUCUGGUAAAAUUCACUUACGAAGCUACUCCGAUGACCCCUUCGCUCCUACAAACCCGAGAACAGCCCGCCCGAGGGCUUCAACAACUCAGCGUCCACAGUUUUAUUCCUAUCAUGACGAUGAGAGAAUAGGCCCGGCAGGUUCUCCCACCUCCGCACAACCACGCAUACUGUCUCAGAGCCUGGAUAACCCUCCAGGAGCACAUCAAGAACAUCGCCCGAAUUUACUCUGUGCAUCGCCUACUUCGUCGGGUUAUCCCUCUCGGUCUCAAAGCCCUGCCCUCUCCGUUGGUCGGUCCAGAUCACCAAAUCGAUUAGCUCCUCCUCGCACUAUUUUCCAGCAGCCAACAUACGAGCUGGGGCACUCACCUUCACUUCUAUCCUCAAUCUCUCCCCAAACAACGCCACAGGCUCACGGAGGCGAUUCCUCCCCAAAUAGCUCCGGAUCACUUACUCCAUUUCCUCCGUAUACGGAUGAGACCACUUAUACCCCUCAUGGUCCUUCCAGCCUCCGGUUCCAAAGGUCUACUCAGUCCCUGAACUCAGAAUACACACGAGCACAGUCUGCGGGCACCGAUGUUGAAAUUUCUGGCCCAAAGUGGUGGCCACGUUCUAUCCUACCCUUUCCCGACGUUUUUAUAUCGGCUCUUUUCCCAACCCUCUACAACUGGGGAGAUAAAUCUAUAUGGGAUAAAUUUCUAGGGGUUGCGGCCGCACCUAGUGUAUUUAUCCUGACAGUUACUUUGCCCGUUGUAGAAACUGAAAGCUCUGAACCCGAGGUUCCUGCUGUCCCUCAUCUUCCAGAGCAAACGCCGACAGUGACAAUUCAACACCAGCCAGGAGGAAGUGGUCCGGAUGUAACGCCGUCAACUACAGCCCCUCGCUACUAUGAUGAGACAGUUGAAACUAGCCCAGAAUCACUCGUCCGACCCACUAUCAAUCGCCUUCGGCAAGAUUCUGAACUACCGGUCCAUCCACCAUAUAUGGAAUGCAAUGGCAAGGAUGAAUCUCCCGUCAAACAAUGGAACAGAUGGCUCUUGUUAUUCCAACUAUAUACUGCGCCAUUCUUCAUCACUCUAACGUUCUGGAACAACCUGAGCCAAGAUCAUAAUCCUCGCACCUUGCUAUUGCCAGCGCUUCUAUCCCUACUUAUGUCUUCCGUUUUCACAAUAAUUCUCCUGUUCACCACCAAAGGCUCUUCUGAAAAACCCCCUAAGCCCCUUCGACCAUUUAUCGCCUUCAUCGGUUUCGCCGUUGCAAUUGCAUGGGUCUCAACUCUAGCCACGGAGGUCGUUGCCUUGCUUAAGCUUUUCGGCGUAGUUCUUAAUAUCAGUGACUCGCUACUAGGCCUCACGAUAUUUGCCGUUGGCAAUUCUCUAGGUGACCUUGUUGCUAACGUCACCAUCGCACGCUUGGGAUAUCCGGUAAUGGCAUUAAGUGCCUGUUUUGGCGGCCCGAUGCUGAACAUACUCAUAGGCAUUGGUGUAGGAGGGUUAUAUAUGACUCUGCAGUCAGAGCAGAACAUGUAUUCUACGAGCAGUUCCAAUGCAUGGGCGACUUUGCAGCCGUACCCUAUCUCAGUGUCCAAAACACUGAUUAUCAGCGCUGCAACGCUGCUGAUCACUUUAAUUGGAUUACUUAUUGUUGUGCCGUUGAACAAGUGGCGCAUGGACCGGAAUGUUGGCUUUGGACUGGUUACUAUAUGGUGUAUGAGCACGGUCAUUAAUGUUGUUCUUGAACUGGUUUCAUAA